AUGGAUGAUGAAGGCUGGUCGAGUGGCGAUGAUGACCCCGUAUUUGGUCGUCAGGGGCCGGUAAUGAAGCCUAUUCAAUUCAAACCGGCGAAUCGACCUCAGCGGCCGUCGUCAUGGCAACGAGGUAGCUGGAAUAAUCAUCCGGAUGGGAAUCCUCCUUCGAGCGUAAGUCGUGGAUCUUCGACAGGGCCGUCUUUUAUCAACCAUAGAGGGCAGAAGACUGGGGAUACUGGAAUGUCUGUGGAGAGGGAGACUGGUCUCGAUGGCAAUGGUCCAGUUCAUGGUGACAUUCGAGUCGAUGGUGAUAUUCGGGUGAAUAGUGACAUUCAAAUGAACGCACAAGCCAAUGGGGACGCAGAUACUGGUACAGGUGUGGAGGAGAGAUAUCGCGCCCGAAGGAUGUCGGCGUCUGUUAUGGAGAGCAAGUAUGGUGUCGGCUUUAGUCUCUUGAGCAAAAUGGGUUUUGACCCAGCGAGUGCUCAGCAGGGCCCGAUUGUUUUGGAGCAGAGGAGGAAGAACGAGGGUCUUCAAUCACGCAAGCGAGGCCGACCGGAUGACGACGACCACGGAACUCCUGCGGCUUCUAAGAAGGCGGGUGGCCUGCAGGGCUUCGGCGGUGGCAAGCGACGUAAGUGGCACGGAAUGACUUCGAGCGAGAGCGACGGCGGCUGGGACUCCGAAGACGAGGACCAGAGAUCCGCGGCCACCGGACCACUGCUUGCGACCGCGGCUCCGUCUUUGGCGACUCAGAGCUUGACCACGAACCGGCUCGAAGAGGCUCUCGACCCAGACAUCUUCGGGUACCGCCCGGGUCCUGCCGGGAACCGUCGUCAGCGUCCCUUCAGAAGCCGGGAUCGGGUGCCGUUCGGAGUCGCACCUUCAACGACGUACAGGAACAUGCUGCGGGAGGUGAUGUCUGAUUCCGAAGACGAAUCCUGGGGACCCACCGGAACAAGCCGAGAUGCUGCGGCAGGCCGAGAUGCUGCGACAGGCCAAGAUGCUGCGACAGGCCAAGAUGCUGCGACAGGCCAAGAUGCUGCGACAGGCCGAGAUGCCUCAGGCCCAGGGGCUAUAAGGCGAGAUGCUACGAAGCCGAAUUCUAUAAGGCCUCAAAGCGAAGAGCCUACAGCAGCUCUGUCAGGGCUAGAGACGGAGCUGAAGACAGGCCUCGAGCGGGAGAUGGAAAACAGGCUGAAGAGCGAGGGCUUUUUAAAGAGAGAGUUUCGGGACGAAUCAUCCGCCACGGAGGGCGUUGCGGAGCAGUCUGCCAUACCCAGCACGCAAUGCAAGUCCGAGGAGUUGUUGGGAGGCCUUGUUAAGAUUGAGGCUUCUCGUUCGGGGGUUGGUCCUAAAAGAAGUCAAGUCGUGACGCGUCUCUUGGGCUCCGACGUGGACGGUGCUCCCGUCAGGGAAAGUGCCGACCAGAAAGUUGUCGCCGUGGACCAGGGUGCGAAACGGAGGCAGAGCCACGUGGAGAGACUGAACGAAAUUGAGCGAAGGAUAACGCUGAUUGAGUCGGGUGUGGCGGAGCGGUUGAAAACGCGCAAGGCGGAACUGGGGCUGUUAGCCGGCAUCCCUGAGCAGCCGGACCUGGUGCCCACGGAGCUUCCGGCCUUCAUCGAGGACGACGAAGAACCAGUUCGACUAGGCGGUGGAUCGAAUCCUCGCUCGGUUUCGAUAGCGGCUUUAGAUCGCCGGUCGGAACUGAAGCGGGCUUCGCCGACCGAAUUUGUGGUUCCGGAAGUGACUGAGUGGUUCACUUCCCAGUUCAAGGCGUUACUGGCCGACUUCCAGGACCGCCUGGAGCUGGCACGUGUAGGCAUUCUGGAGUUCGUGCUGCAGUUCCUACCGAGAUGUCUGGAGGCGGAUGCCAUGCUUUGGCCGCUGCCCUCGUCCACCUGGUGUCGUUCGCAACUGACCUUCUGGCUCGACUAUCUGGCGAGAUCCGGCACUGAUGAGGGCGGAUCCCUGGAUGGAGUCACGCCCCCAGCGAUCCCUUCGGGUGGAGUAGACCAGGCCAAACAGAUGAUGGACCCGAUCAUGACCAGGGGCGUAAUAGAACCUAUAUUGAAGCCCUGGUUCCUCAAUAAAUGGGACCCGAUAAACCAGUCAGACGCUGGCUACAAUUUGGUAACAAACUGGCUGGAGCGUUUUGUAACCAAGAAGGAGUGCGACCGAUUCCUUAAGACUGCGGUGCUUCCCCGCAUACUGGCGGUGAUGAACACUGUAUCUCUCUGGUAUCCGUCUGGACCGAGAAUUGCUACUCGUGAAGCCGCGGGUCUUGAAGCCGCGGGUCUUGAAGCCGCGGGUCUUGAAGCCGCGGGUUUUGAAGCCGCGGGUCGUGAACCCUCGGGUCGUGAACCCUCGGGUCGUGAACCCUCGGGUCGUGAUGGAGAGCCCGGGUCGUUGCGUACGACAGGUGGUGGUAUUGAGCGGUUGGUGACGGGACAGGUCUCGUCGUCAGGUGACCUUACUGCCACGCACUUGUGGGUUCCGCCGUGGCUGCCUAUAAUGUCGGGGGAGUGUCAAGACAUAAUUUUGGACGCGGUGGUUGACAAGGCGGUGGGGAGUCUGGAGGCAUUACGGGGAAGUUCGCCGAUGCGUGCGGAUUAUGCCACACCAAUUUUGCCAUGGAAGCCGGCGCUGGCUAAGAAGCAAUGGGACGCCGUGAUUUACAAAGGUCUGCUGGGUUACUUGCGGCGAUGGCUGAUCGCACAACCCGCAGUCCUUUCACCCGCUGUCCCCGACGGGCUAGCGGCCCUCCUUAAAGCGUGGCCAGACGAAUUACCAGAACCGCUCGUGGCGAGCACCAUCGUCGAAAUGUUCGGUCAACGUUUAUUACAACACAUUGCUUCCGGCUACGCCGCAACCACCACCGAGCGUAACACACUUGAACUAGCACUCGAAGGAUACGCCAGCUGGAAGGAACUUAGAAAAACUCAGCUCCCCGAUCUCAAGAACUGGUUACACGAUGCCUUAAUCGCACUCAAUCAGGCCGCCACUAAUCAGACCGCCACUAAUCAGACCGCAAUCAAUCAACGACCAACCGACAAAGCAUGA